GCGGGGCGUAUAUAUGCGCGCCUGCGCGGCCGGCGGUCGUUGACGUUGUACUAUCGCUUCACCUUCCCCUCCUGCUGCGAAGCAUCAUUGAGUGGCGCUGACUCUCAUUUGAGCAGUAACAGCCCUUCAUACCUACAAGUUAUACCUCAUCACAGUCCUCCAAUCAUGGAGAACAAGCAAGCCGCACCCCUAUCCUCACCUUCUGUUGAGAUCAUGCUCCAGCAGAUCCUUCAGGCAGUGCAGACUUCGAGCGACGGCCUCGCCCAGGUCCGCAAAGAAUGCGAAGAACUGCGGCGCACGAACGCGCGCCUCGAGAGUCAGCUGGUGCACCAUGAGCACGGCCACGCUAGCAGCAGCCUUCCCGCAGCUACGAGUAGCCCGGCGGCUGCUACAACUGGCUUGCCCGCAACCGCGAGCACUACUUUCACAGUUGACGCCAAACGCGCGCCAACUGUGGAGUCGGUAGCGCCGUCUUCAUACAUAGCUGCCGCGUCGUCGCCGCUAUCUAUCGCGAAGACCACCUCUGCACCGUCCUCGAAUCAAUCGAAACCACCCUCGACUACGUCCGCCGCACCCUCGACAUUAACGAAGCCGCCUGCGAAGCCGUCAUUGCCACCGUCACCCUUCAUCGGCGCCGUCAAGCCGGCCUACGCCAGUGGGUUUACGCGCCAGCCUACGACCGCUGCCAAAUCUCCUUCGACCGAGAUGAAAGCUGCGCCAAGCCCAUCUGCGAUAGCGACAAGACCAGCUUCGGCCACCGCGCCAGCACCACCCGCCGCUGCCCGACGACAGGCCCUCGUCAGCGCACAGCGAGCCGAGCCCUUGCCCGGCGACGGACCCAGCCAGUUCUGUCGAGCGCCGCGCGGGCCGUACGCAGACUUGCUUCGACGCGCAGUGUGCUGAGCUCAGGACGUGCAGUGUCCUACUGCAAGUAUUGAACAUCGACCUCGAUUCAGAUGAUACCCAUAAUGACAUCUGUAGCUCGCGUCAGCCCAGGGGCACGCGAAG